AUGAUGCAGGACCCCGGGUCCUUGAACCCUCCCAACGACGAGCAAACAAAAGCUUCGACCAAGGCUUCCGCCGAGCUACACAAACAAUGCAUGGAUCUCCUCAACGACCUAGACUCCUUCCAAGCGCUCCUGAAAGCGACUCUCCGCAACCCGCAGCUCGUCGAAGUGCGACAGUUCCGUUCAAACGUGAGCGCCGAGAUGAAGAUGCUUCUAAAGCUCGAAGAGCGAAUCAAGAGCCAGGUUGAGAAGUCCAAACGAAAUGCGGAAGAUAGUGGCGACAAUGAGCUCCAUGGAGAACAGAAACAACAACCCAUUGGCGAUAUGCAGUCGGAUGUAGAUUCCGAUGUAGAGAUGCGGUUGAUGCAUGCGCUGCGGUCGUCGAAUCUGCCAUUUUAUCAGGCUGUGUGGGGCAUUGUGUUGAGUUCUUGUGAGGGGCUGCUUGCCUUGGGGAAACGGUUUUACUGGGAUGGGGAGACGAAGGCACCUUGGAAGAAGAGUGGAAAUGAGAAGCAGGCCAACAAGGAUAAACGCAAGAGUGUUUUUGUGGAUAUUGUGGCAGGCGAUGGGACGGAGUGGGUGAAGGUGUCGACCAUCUCGGAGAGCAGGCUGCUCUUCGAAAUGGCGAAGAAAGGAUGGGAGGCGGAUAGUGAAGAUGACUUCUCAGGAUCUGAGAGUGAGCGUCCGCCCCGAAGGACAGUACUACGGAACUUUGAUGGGGAGGAUCCAGGGGAGGAUGAUGAUGAUGAUGAUGACCUGGAGCUGAUCAAGUUGGCCCGGGAUCUGAGGAAGGCAGCUGAUGCUACGCGGGUGAGGUAUAGACAUCCUCGACUACGGAUUGUUUUACCGAAGAUUGGAGAAGGCAAUGUCCCUGAAAUUGAUGAUAUUCUGACUGAGAUGCGGAGUUAUGGUAUCCAGGUUGAGUGUCAGGAGAGCUUGUCAGCUACGAUAGGCAAUUCAGACCUCACUCGACUACUGCCUCAGCCAUUCAAGAACUUCACCUCCUCUCUGAAUGUUGAUUGCACUCUUUUGCUUGCGAUGGUGUCUGAUUUAUCUCAUGUUAAGAAUCUUCCCAUCUUGCCCAGUUUUCAUAGGGCUAUCGUUCGACAAAUAGAAGUCGACAAAGAGAUGCCCUUGCUCCCAAGCGAAUUAUGGCCAGCCAUGGGCUGCCGCGAGUUGGUUUGCACCAGUGAAGCAGGUACACGAAUGCGCGAAAUUGUGGAUCUACUUGGAACCGAAACAGAAAAGGCUCGCAUGAGGAUUGUGAUGGGAGAGCCUUCUGAGGAUGGUGGUUGCGAAUCACUUAUUAAACGGUUCCAGGCCUUGUCUGAUCAUCAUGUGCCCGAAGACUGGAAACUCCCUGUAAAGGUGAUAGACGCACAGCCAGUGAUUAAUGCCUGCUUGGCAGAGGGGAAGCUUCCUCCUGUCGCUGAUGAAGUUGCAGAAGGCUUGUCAGAUAUAAACUAUAGUGUUUUUAUGUACGGAUGGGUCACGGGCACGACUACCAUCACCAGCAACCGCACAAUCGAUAAACAGAUCGAGACUACCAUCGAAAAGAAUCGAGGAAACGAUGAGCAUCUCGAGGGCCCUGUGGUCUGGGUAUGUGAUACAGCGAGAAGCUUAGUUGGAAAAGACAGGGACCGCAAAGACUAG